AUGGCCUUAGGACUGACCAACACUUCUUUUACAGAUUGUGCAAAGCACGAUCCAGAAGGGAAUGAAGACACAGAAAAUAACUUUUCAGAGCUUUUGUCUGAGGAGCUGAAGCUACGAGAAACUGAAGCUUUGGAAAGUCAGCGGCGUGCUGACAUGGCUCUUCUUGAGGCCAAGAAGAUAACAUCCCAAUAUCAAAAGGAGGCAGACAAGUGCAAUUCGGGGAUGGAAACUUGUGAAGAGGCAAGGGAAAAAUCUGAGGCAUCUUUAUUGGCACAGAAGAAACUGACUGAAAUGUGGGAGCAGAGGGCUCAUCAAAGAGGAUGGAAAGAAGGGGCCGCGAAGUCUCGUACACAGUCUCAGGGUAAUGUUCAAUCUGCAUAAAAUGCUGAUAGCCUCGUGUGAUCCCACGUCAAAGGAGGAGGAUGUUUAUGAAUUUGAUGAACUAGGUUGAACCAUCUGAUCCAAUUCUUAGUACUCUUAUAGAAGUAUCCAUUUGUUUCAUGGCAUUUCAAUACAGCCAAUCUGCGGAAAAGGAGCACGUCCUCCCUCCCCCUAAUUGUUAAUUUAAAAACCCCCCACUGGUAAGACAUUGAAAAUAGGGAUUGUGUAUUUGUUACUAUAAAAUGCUUAAAUCAAUAUUAGAUUAUGUCAGCCGUAGUUCAGCCAUGUUGUGCUUUCAUGGUUUCAUAUACACCCCUAAUGGGGCAAACUAUGUGAUCAAAGAAGGAAAAAAAAAUGCCAAGGCCUGUUUUGAUUCCAUUA